CACACCCAUCUUGUCCAACAGUUGAGGAUUGUCGGGGAUCGGGAAACCAGGGGAACCUCAAGGUUUCCACAGACUUCAAUAAGGAUACCCCGUUAUUUCUGAUUUCUUACAGCGCCAGUCGGACAUACCAACAUGGUGGUGGUAGCAGCAGGGACCGGGGGAGCCCACAAAGUGCUCCUGAUUACCGGGAAACAGACCGGCUCCUCCAGCGGCUCACAGGCAGGCUUCAGCCGGCCCAUCUCUGUCGUUUUACCGUCAUCGGCCAGCCAGGCGUCGUCGGAUUCAGACUCCAACUCCUCCGCGGGGCCACCCAUACGAAAACGACAGAGGCUCACACACUUGAGUCCGGAAGAGAAAGCUCUUCGCAGGAAACUCAAGAAUAGAGUCGCAGCUCAAACCGCCAGAGACCGGAAAAAGGCCAAAAUGGGGGAGCUGGAACAGCAAGUCCUAGAGUUGGAGCUGGAGAAUCAGAAACUAUACAUUGAAAACAGGGUGCUUCGGGAAAAGACAGUUGGCCUCCUGACAGAAAAUGAGGAACUAAGACAGAGACUUGGGUUGGACACCCUCGACACGAAAGAGACGGUUCAGGGUCUGUUGUCCACCGGGAAUGAAGCAGGUUUGGGGAUCGGGUCUUCUGAGUCCGCAGCACUCAGGCUACGUGUGCCUCCGCAGCAGGUGCAGGCCCAGCAGUCCCUAAAUCUGAAGACCUCUCAAUGGAUACAGACAGUCCUGACACUACAGACAAUGAGUCUGAUUUGCUACUGGGCAUUCUGGACAUCCUUGACCCAGAGCUGUUCCUCAAGUCUUGUGAACAGGAGUGCCAGGAGCCGCAGGUGCAGCUGGUCAGAGGGGGGAACCCAGUACCUUCCACCACACCUGCGACUCUGGGGACCCCAUCAGUUAAGCUGGAGGCCCUUAAUGAACUGAUCCACUUCGACCACAUUUACACCAAGCCCGUGGAGGUGAGCAGCGGGCAGUGCAGUGACUUGGAGAACG